UUUUCCAACAAUUUUACACUAACUCAUCACACUAAGGCGGUCAAUGUAUUGGCUGUAAGCAAGCUCAGAGCAUUGCUCCUCACCAGGGGCAAUGAUGGUCGGGUUGUCCUGUGGAGCCUCGCAUCAGGUGAAAUGAUUCAAGAAAUAUAUUCACCAGUGGCAGGAUAUAUCAGUGCAAUUACCUGGACAGAUAUUGAUGAUCGCGGAGAAACCAUGUUCGCAUUUGGGGCAUCUGACGGUAACAUCCAAAUGUAUGAAAGAAUCAAUGAUGUAAUACUACCAUUGGUCACUCAGGCACUGAUUGAGUCGCUUGCAUGGGAUCCCUAUCAUUGCAGACUGGCAAGUGUUGGUGACGGUCACCCGCAGGUUUGGAACCUGACACCAGACAGUUUGUAA